UUAAACAUCCAGUCUUAGCUUUCCUUGUGUUUUGAGAGUUAUAUCCUGUACACUUGUAGAAAUUUGUUUCGAGUGAGGUUAUUUUGAUAUAUGGUAUCCACAGACCCUCUACAGGAUAACAGUGAAGAUAAGCUACUAAACGAAUCGUGGAUUUUGAAUACGCGUUUAAUACAAAUCGAACAAUAAAUUCAGAAAAUAGUUGGAUUACUAACUGGUUUUCCAGCUAUCUUUCUAAUUCAGUCCUUAUUGGUGAGGUUCUACUUUCUGGGAUAUUGGAUAUUUGUGGCGUAUCUACUUUUGUUACCCUGUAUAAAGAGACAUGAAGUCUUGUCUUGAAAGAGGCCAUCGGCUAUCCAUCAGCAGGUCAACUGAAGACCUCGUUACUGCUCGUUUUACUAACGGAAACAUUUUACCGAUAUUUUUAAAUGAAGAAUCAAAAGCAAACGAUGUCCGACAAUACCCGACAGGUGCCGAGCAAAUCUCGAUGAGUCCUUCAGUAACAGAUGACGUAACAUUGACAGACCACCCAAGUGUUCUGAAAGAAGGGCACCUGUACCUUUCAACUAAUGCAGGCAACCGAUUAAGCAGAGUCUGGGUGGCGCUGAAGUCCCAAAGAAUUGAGGUGUACUAUAACGUCACUGAUCCUCUACCAAUGGAUGUUGUCCCACUCUCAGGAUGCCAACUGGAACCAUCAAAGCCCGAGGAAGAUGAAGCAAACGAUAAUUGCUUACCAAUAAGUCUAGUGAAAAAGGGGCAGAGUUCAGUCUGUUUAUAUUCAGAAAGGGCAGAUCACAAGGACUGGAAGGAAGCUUUGCAGUCCAGUAUCCAUUCCUGUUCGCUAAGUAUGGAAGGACUGAACUUGGAGUAUGGUGAUCUGGAGAGAACGACUGAACUCCGUAGGUGUACAAAUCAUGGUCCUCAGACAGACGAUAAAACUAUGGAUCAGAAGUUCGAACUUUUGCGAGAACUGCUGAAGCAAAAGAAAGAUCUCACAGAAAGAAAACAUCGAUAUUUCCCUAAGAUGCAGAGUUUAGACCAAACUUCUAACUACGCUCAUCACGAGGCUCUCCAGAGGGUAACACAUUUGCGUCAACGAAAGAUUUCGACACAGCUAAAGAUGGGUACUUUACAGAAACAGUUGCAAAGUAGCAAAAAGUCUCGGCCACAUAGUAUCCAUCAAAUACCACAGACUCAGCAUCACUUUCAGGAACAACUAGUGGAGCUGAACCGAACAUUACAAGAGAUUGACAGCCACCUGAACAAGAGUGCGCAUGAAGUAGACGCAAGCCUAAGAGAACUAGACAUCACGACAACUAACAGAAACUUCCAGGUUAAAAGCCACCCUCUAUUGGAAUCUAACAGUAACAAGAGUUCCUGCAGGCGAGGACCUGCCGAAGCGUCUCAAGAGAAACUACCUAAGAUUUAUGUAUCCAAGUCGGUAGACGACUGUAGAGGUAUGUCUCUUAAAGCUAAGGCUGCUAAGCUGAUCCCUUCUCCAAAACUAAGAAGAAAGCUGGGAGUUGAUGACUUGAAAAUAGCAGAAUCUUCACCAUCUUUGCCUCAAGCUAAUAAAAGGUCAUUGAGGGAUAAUUUUCGCGACUCCAUUAAUGAUCUGAAAGAAAAGGAUAUAGGCAAUAGCUCAACUAUAUCAAAAACAAGAACAAGCCCAUUUCGCAUGCUUGGUAAUUUUAUGGAAACUCAACUCCGAGGAAGAAUUGUACCCCUCAGACGAAACAGGUCUGCAGAGCGCCCCUUUGAAGGGUCUAAGAAAGACUCUGAGGUGUUUAGGUCGCGAUCAUCAUCGAAUGAAAAUAUGAUGUACAAAGAUUAUAGAAGACUUACAUCCAAGUUGACAUCACCCAUGGUCAAGAAUGAUAAAAACAAAAGUUUAGAGACAUGCACGAAAGUGGAUCCCGUUCCUGAGCCAAAGGACAAUUGUAUUGACUUGAUCGACAAAAAAGAAAGUGCACUCCACGAACGGAAAGAUGAAGACAGCAGUACAGAUGUACAAACGGAUAUCAAUCCUCGUGUCUUGGCGGAAAUUGAAGCUUUCGAACAGUUGGUACAGGAAUAUUUUCUCAACCAAAAACGCCAUCCACAUCUGUCGGUAUAACUUCAGAAUACUGUCACUGGGUCAUCAUAAGAAGUUGGUUAUUGUAUAUAGACUUCAACCAAUCACCUUCAUCCAUGAUCUGUUUUGCAGUUGGAAACGCCAGAAUAAGUGGAGUUAAGAUACAAUUAGUGCUGGAAAUCAAUAGUUUCAUUGCCAUACUACAUUUAAGAAGUGAGUGUGUAAACCUCCUGUUUCUUUUCUCUCUCUCUCUCUCUUCUUUUUUUUGUAAAAACAUAAAAUAAAACAAUGGGAAAGUUUGUGUUUUAGUACAAAAAAUAAACAUCUGAUUCUGCAGUUA